AUGGAAUCAACAUCCCAAACCUCCUCCAAAAACCAACCCAUCGCCGCCGUUCUCCUGUCGCGCGCCCAUGACCCCGAAGAAACCAAACGCAUCCUCACCGAAAAGAUCCAACAACGUCCGCUCUUUCUUUGCCCAUCCUCCCCUCCACCCUCCGACGCCCGUGCCGCCCGCCGCCGCGAACGCGAAAAGAAGCGCCUCUCCCGCAAAAAGGCGUUAAAACCCAAACCGCUCUCGGCCAACGAGCGCCGCAAGCUCGGCCUCUACGACGUCCCUCGCUCGGGGCAGAAAUACGCCUUGUUCGAGCCCCUGCACCAGCUCUGGCUAGGGUACAUCCGCGAGAUAUUGGGGAACGAGAUACACACCGGUGGCGAGGGCGCGGCGUCGAAGUUGACGAGCGCGGAUUUUCAUGGCGCUGAGGUCGAGGUGGUGAGGAGUGGGUGUGUGAGUCGGGUGGGAUUGAAGGGGAUCGUGAUCAAGGAUUCGAGGUUCACGUUUGAGGUGGUGACAAGGCGGAAUCAGAGAAAAUUGGUGCCGAAGGAGGGGACCGUAUUUAGGAUUGAGGUGCCGCUGGCGACGGGGACGGCGACGGUGGAGGAGGGACAAAGCGACGUAAAUAAGCAGCAGCAACAACAAACUGAGGCUGAACAACCAAAGAUGAUAUUUGAAGUACACGGCGAGCAGUUCCAGUUCCGGUCGGCGGAUCGCGCGAACAAGAAGUUCAGGUCACACUUCUCCAAGAUUCUAUGAGGCGGAGAGGAGGAUAAAGAUACGAAACACGAUACGAUACUACAACCCAAAAAUCUCGACCUCUUCGUUUGUCUCGGCAGCUUUAGGGAAAUGCCGUGGAACGGGAGCGAAGGCGGUUCCCAUGGGAGCCCUCAUGCGGCUAGUGAGCGCAUGUGCUCAAAAUUCCGACUAUCGCCACGAACUCUUAGGGGGACGAGCUCUCACGGGGACAGAAUUGCUGGUGUUGUAGCCCAGAAAUCGUUAAUGGGAGCUGCACCUUCCUACCGGCAUCGGCUUGUCUGUCCAUAAGGCAGGUCGAAAGGGUGUCCCAGGAUCCAAGAGCCAAUUCGAGACGCGCAAGAUGCGCGAUUAGCGACCGCGAUAUGUCUGGGUUCCGGGACUACUGUCGCUUGGGGUCAAGUCAUGAAGCGGAAGAAGGACGGAUAAAAUGGAACCAAAACCACGAUUACCAAGUUUCAAUGGCUCUGGGGUGUUCAUUGACGUCGAAAUCCGACUGGACGGGAUGGGAGGUAUGUCUCUUUCGGCUUGUGGUUCUGCUUUGGAGGGAGGAGGUGGUAACAUCAUAGGUGUGACAAUGAAAUGUUGUCACUCUCCAACAUGAGCGAUCCGAGGAGAAGAAGACCAUCGGGGAUGAAGUGCGGAAGCUUGGUGGCAUCAACGCGGCAUACAAGCUACGAAAGAACCAUCCCACUUGUAUAGAUAUGUCACGCAAAUACAAAUCUAUACGAAAUGCUGA